GGGGCUCCAAUGGACCAGUGGAAGAUGUACCUUUCACGAAGGUAAAGCAGUUAAUUCAACUCUGGAACAAGAGGUUCUUGAGUCCUCCUGAGAAGAUUCUACUUAAAUUAAGGGGCUCCAAUGGACCAGUGGAAGAUGUACAUUUCACGAAGGUGAAGCAGUUAAUUCAACUCUGGAACAAGAGGUUCUUGAGUCCUCCUGAGAAGAUUCUACUUAAAUUAAGGGGCUCCAAUGGACCAGUGGAAGAUGUACCUUUCACGAAGGUAAAGCAGUUAAUUCAACUCUGGAACAAGAGGUUCUUGAGUCCUCCUGAGAAGAUUCUACUUAAAUUAAGGGGCUCCAAUGGACCAGUGGAAGAUGUACCUUUCACGAAGGUGAAGCAGUUAAUUCAACUCUGGAACAAGAGGUUCUUGAGUCCUCCUGAGAAGAUUCUACUUCAUGUUUAGUAUGUAUGACAUAAAUAGGUCGAAAGUAGUGUUGAAUAAUAGUACAUCAUGUGAAGUGAGACCAGCUUCAUUUUCAUUACAGGGUUUAUAUUCAAAUCAACUCAAAUGAUCUGUCUCAUUAGAUUUUGUUGUUACAAAUAGCUGCAUCGUGAAUGCUAUCGUAUUUUACUCUCUGUCUGCAGUUUUAUCCUUAUUUCUUAAAUCAUAGCUGGUGAAAAAAGAAAAAAUGUUCUAAUUGCAGUGAGAAUAACGACUGGUUUCUCCUAAAAUAUCAAAAGGCUGACCAGUAAGUAUUUCAAUGUAAAUAAAUGCUUUGACUUAAAUUUUUGUAUAGUAUAACAUAUUUUGUCAUGUUCUAAUUCAGGCCAAUUGCCAAUUCAUCUGUUCUAGCUACAAUACAUGAUAACAGUACUUUAUUGAGGAAUUUUCUACUCUAUGUCAUCUGAAGAUCAAUUUUGUCUCUGUACUAAAAUUUGCUUUUACAUAGUUCCAUACAUGGAUAUGACUCAUUAGGUCAAUCAAUUACCAGGAAAAGAAGAAGACAUAAGCAGGCUUUUAAUGCAUUCCAUAGGUAAGAAAACUAACAAACCUCUAUUCCAAACUACCUUACCUUGAACGUGCAUGCGAAUUACCAAAAGCAAUUCUGAGAUAGUCAGUAAUAUACUACAAUUAUUUGUUUGGUACAAUAGUUUGAUGGUACAUUUGUAAACCACUAAAUGUAAUUGGUCU